AGUACAGAGGCCACUGAGCCAGAUGUUUCCGUGUUGUUUGGAGAAACUUAGGAUUUCUUUUUUUUUUUAUUUUAGCAUGUUGCUAGGAUGCAACAGGUAGGCUAACAACAACCAACGAGAAGUAGAGUACUCGAGGACAACGUGCACAAGAAAGACUUUACACGAGGAGUUUUUGAAAGAAUCUCAACUCGUUGUAAUUUUGUUAAGAAACGAUUUGGUGACACGAGGAUUUCGAGUGAUGGCAGAUAAGGAGCUCGCCCGCGUGAGGACCAAGUUUGUGGAUAAGGUCAGCAAAGAGGUGAUAAAUCAGCUCCUGGACGACAUUUUGGAGGAUGGUAUCCUGAACGAUGGGGAGAAAGACUCGCUCCUGGAGUUGAACGUGAGCAAAGCAGACAAGGCACGCUGUCUCAUCGACACCGUGAAGAGGAAAGGAGACGCAGCCAGCAGGAAGAUGAUCACUCACCUUCAACGCAGGGAUGCAACACUGUUCUCUGAAGUGGGUCUGUCCUGUGGUCCACCUGCUCAGCCAGCAGCAGAGCCCAAGCAGGAGCAAGAAUGGUCCACCUCACUUAUCCCCUCCACUCAGGCCUUUUGGAGGGAGAAACAGAAUGAUACAAGUAUUUACAAAGUGACCAACGAUUCCAUUAAGAGUCGAGUAGCUCUGCUGAUCACUAAUAUAAAGUUUACCAACGAGAAACUCAACAGGAACGGUGCUGUGAAAGACGAGGAGAACAUGGAGAAACUGCUCAUCUGUCUGGGAUACGAGGUGGUGAAACGUACAAAUCUCACAGGAAAGCAAAUCAAUGAUGCAGUUAUUGAGUUCUCUAAACAUCCGAAACUCAAAGGGACAGACAGCGUGUUGGUGGUUAUCAUGUCUCAUGGGAAACUGGGCGCUGUCCUCGGUGUGGACUGGAAAGAUGAGCCAGCUGGUGACGUGUUCCCCAUCGACAACAUUUACGAACACCUGGGCUCUGAGAAAUGUCCGGUCCUGCUGAACAAACCUAAGAUCAUCAUCAUCCAGGCCUGCAGGGGAGAGGAGAAAGGAUCAGUGCUGGUUAGAGAUGCUGCAAGCUCAGCUUUGAUGUGCGAUGACCUCAGCAGCCUGGUGGCUGACAACAUAGAAGAGGAUAAUUUGCGAUAUGUACACAAAGAAAAAGACUUAAUUUCUUUUCUUUCUUGCACCCAUGAUACAGUCUCGUAUAGAGAUCCUGUUCGAGGAUCUAUUCUGAUCCAGUAUUUGAUUGCGGUACUCAACACCUUUGCACACAAAGACGACAUUGAGGAACUUUUCAGAAAAGUGAUGGAACGCUUUGAAGAAUUUGCUAUUCAGGCCAAAAUGCAGAUGCCAACCAAAGAGAGAUGUAACCUAACAAAGCGCUUUUACUUUUUCCCAGGCAUCUGAGAUGCUCGAAUGUUUGCUUGGACCGAUCUUCUCAACCUUUCAAGAAAUGUUUAAACACAUGCCAGUCAAUUUCAUGAAAUCCCUUUGGUUCUUUGUGAUAUCAAUGUAAUGUCAAACAACUUAAUAUCUGUCUCUUUACACACUUCUAUACUUCCAAGUAUGUUUGCACAAACAUAUAAAAGUAAUUAUCAUUUUCUUUUUCUUUACAAAUAGUAAAACUAUGCAAUCAUUACUUUAUUCAUUUAAAGAAGUGGGGAUUAAUCAUGCUAAGUCUAUCACGAGCAUUAUGCAGCGCACUACAAGCCGCCUUUUGGAACUGUAUUUUAUACAUAAUUAAACAUAUCAAAACUGC